CACAAAUUUCUCUAUCUCCUCAAAAUCAGACACCUUUCAUGAAACAUUCUCCAAGUUCAAAAAAUCUCUUAGGGUAUGGGAUCAUUAAGCAAUCCGAAAAUUUGGGCACCUUAUACCAAUUCCAAAGACUGUUCCCAAACACUUUGCAGCCUCCACUGUCCUCAAUGGUGCUACAACAUCCUCUUUCCUCCACCUCCGCCGCCGCUUCAAUUCUCCGGCCACUCCACCCCCUCUACUCUCCUCAUCGCCAUCAUCGGACUUCUCGCAAGUGCUUUCCUUCUUGUCACAUAUUACCUCGUCAUCUCCAAAUACUGUGUCAACUCUGUUUCGCAUAAUUCAAACGAGUCAGACCGAGCUCAAAACGAGGCCGAUGAGGACCAUGAUCACAAUCACACUAACCACAUGAUCCACGAACCGUGGCUUGUAACUGGGACGGGCCUAGAUGAGUCCCUCAUCAAGUCAAUUGCGAUUUUCAAGUAUAAGAGACCCGAAAAUGGAUCAAUUGUUCAAGGAACAGAGUGCUCUGUUUGUCUAAGUGAAUUUCAAGAUGAUGAGAGUUUUAAACUGUUACCUAAGUGCAACCAUCCGUUCCAUGUUAACUGUAUUGACACUUGGCUAAAGUCUCACUCCAAUUGUCCUCUUUGUCGAGCCAAUAUUGUCGUCUUUCUCUCUAACCAAUCUUCAGAACCCCCUUCCAAUGACAGCCAUACCACCAUUGAAGAAAACGCUGAGCCACUUCAAGAUGAAGGAAACCCAAAGAAGACGAUUAUAAGAGCUAUGAGCGAUCUGGGUAGGCUAGACACCGUAAUUGAGAUCAAAGAUGAAGAACAUGAGAUGAACAGAGAGAUUAGGAGAACUGUGUCAAUGUCCAUGGUGGAUCAUGUUUUGUGAUCAAAAAGUUACAUGAGACUUCAUUAUCAUUUCAUGAUUAGUCAUGUUUUUUUAAAGUUUUGAUGAAUUUGCAACAUAAUCAAGUAGUAGAGAGACUAACAUGUACAAUGUUGAAAGUUUAGUUGCUACCUAGUUCAAUUGUGUGUGUGUUGAGAGUUGUUAUUUUCAGCCCAUAAUUUAAAUUGGACAUUUCUUCUU